AUGGACGAAGAAACCUUUGAUGGCGAUAUGUCCGUCCAGGAUAUUAAAAAGCCUCCCCUGUCAGGUGCUGACAACGCAAUAGUAUCGAACAUUGUGUUCCAGGGCUUGAUAACAGGAGCAAUACUGCUUGUGUAUCUUGUGUUUAGGAAGAGGACAAAGUGGCUAUAUACACCAAACAUCAAGGACAGACCACACCAUCCUUGCUAUGGAUACACUGGCUUUCUGAGUUGGAUCAUACCUGUGCUCACUGUGAGCGACACUGCAUUGCUCACAAUAAUAGGUCUGGAUGCAUUUAUGAUGUUACAGACAAUCAUGCUGUUGUUCAGGAUUCUUUUAAUCCUGUCGAUAUUCAUCAUCCCAUCACUAGGAUAUUUGUUCUGGAAAAGCGAGUGGAAAGGUGCUGAGCAUGCAAACCAGUUCUUUGUGCGGCUUUCACUAGAAAACAUCGAUCCUAUGUCAAAAGUAUAUGGCUGUAUUGUUCCAGCAGUGUAUUUGAUUUCAGUGUUCAUAAUGUAUUCAAUAUUUAUAUACUACAAGAGAUACAUUGUUCUGAGACAGGCUUACCUAAGAAACCCUGCAAUUAUGACAUCGAUAAUAACUCUAAAGAAGCUUUCAUAUACACUCGGAUCUGCUGAAAGAUCCACAGAAUAUAUGAAUCUUCCAAACAGAACUCUUAUUCUCUCGAGACUGCCGUUCUACAUAAACAAUGACACCGAUCUCUUUGAAUUCGUGGACUCCCUCGGCGUUGGUGAAGUCGACGAUUGUGUGCUUGUGUAUGACACCACAACUCUCCAGAAGUUUUACAAUGAGAAGGAUCAAUACAUACAUAACAUUGAGAAGGAAAUAAAUGAGAAGUUGUUCAGAAUAAAUGAAUGGUCUGAAAAAAACGAGGAAAUAUGCAUGAAAUCCAUAACUGGAUUCAACAAGAAUAUUAUCAAUACAGUAAGAAAUGCAGAUAUUAUGGGAGUUUUUGAAGAUGCACAGAAGCGGCAGCUGGUUGCGAUGUUUCUGAACGGUGCGCAGCAGUUCUGCGAUCUUCUUGAGGAAGGUAAGAUUCCAAAAGUCGAUUUCUAUCUUGAUAUGCUCAAUGAUGUAAAUAAUAGAAUUAACCUGGAAAAAGAAGUAAUAAAGAGCGAAGAAGCAAAAGAUAGAGAGGUUCGGAUGAUAGAGCUUGUGACUAAGAAUCACUCUCUGUUCUUAAGGAGUGACAUAUCUAAGGAUGCAGGAUUCUUUUCUUUCCAUCAUGUGUUCAACUUUAAGAAGUUCAAGAUGUACUUCACACUGGAUCUUCCAUCAAGGACUAAGCGAGGGUUUGUGACAUUCAAGGAUCAGAGAAGCGCCAACAUUGUAAAGCAGUCCCAAAUAGGGUCGAGAAUAUUCUCAGUUGCUGCUGAGGAUGCUCCAGCGCCAAACAAUGUGAUGUGGGAAAACAUCACAAGCAGUGAGGUUGAGAAUUACAUAUAUGGAAUUUUCGGUACUGUUUUCUUCAUUAUGUUCAUAGCACUGUUUUCAUCGAUGGUUGCAUACAUGGUCACGCUCUUGGUAAGCUCUGAGAUGCUGCGAGAGAGCAAAUUCGUCUCGAUUUUUCUAGAUGUCAGCAAGCAUGAAACAAUUACUGAGUCACUCAGAGGCAUUUUAUUUCCGUUGAUAUACAGUUCUAUGCUGCUUUUUGUACCCACUGUGAUAACUGCGCUUGUGAGCCUUGAAGGAAUAUAUUCUUACUCUUCAUUUCAACAGAAGCUGAUGGGAAAGCUUUGUAACUUCCUAUUCUUCAAUGGUUUUGUGUCGGUGUUUUUUGCAUCGAGCUUCUAUCGCUUGUUUACUGACGUGUUGUUCAGAGAUCAAAAGUUUACAAAAGUGAUUGAGACAUUCAGUGAAGAGUCCCUUGAGUCCUCUGUGUUUUUUGCAAACACAAUAAUCCAAAGGGCAUUUUUUGGGACUGCUAUGAUACUGCUGAAACCUGGACCGCUGUUGAUUAACUAUCUAUUGAUUCCGUUUGUUGGGAGAAAGACCAGGAGAGAGAAGUGUGAUGCAGAGUACUCUCCACCAUUUGAUUUUGGAGUGAUGUUUCCGCCUUUACUCACUGUAUUUUCGAUGUCGAUAGUUUAUGCAACUAUGUGUCCGCUUAUUCUUUUUCUUGGUGCAUUUUUCUAUGCAUGCAGUUACUUUGCAUUUAAGACUGAAUUUCUAUAUUGCUCUAGGAACGAGUAUGAAUCAGGAGGGGAGUACUGGGAUGUUGCAUGUCAGAACAUAACAUUUUCUCUGAUUUUCUUCCAGAUGGCCACAUUUGCAAAGAUGUGCUCUGAUGGAAGGAUGUAUUUGGCAACGAUGUUGUUUCCGAUCAUUCUAAUGACUUUUAUUUUCCGUAACAGCCUGAGGAAGAUGUUCUACAAGUCAUGCCACUACUAUCCUUUGAAUACCAAGGAAGAGGAGUACCUCGACUCGUUUACUGAGAAGAUGCUUGCGUACAGGAUUGAGCUUUUGGAGAGCUGGUCGGAGAUGGGUGGUGGGCCUGAUGCAGAUGUGCUUCCGCUAAUUGAGCUGGGUGUCAAGGAUACUAAAGAGAUAGAGAAGGUGUCAUAUUACAAUGAUCCAAACACUGAAGUAACGAAGUCUUUUCUGAUUCUUCCUGAGGACUUUUUCAAGAUUGUGUGGUUUUUAGCGAAGAAUGACAAAGAUAACAUAUUUGGAUUGAGAAUAGAAUAA